AUGAGUUUGGGGAGAAAAAAAUCACCCUUUCGACAACUUUUUCUUUCAGCAAUGUUAAAGUACCAAUUGAUUGGUAAGAAAGGCAGGUUCUUUUCCAAGAAGAAAGUACAUGAGUACCCGCUUGUGCAUCUUCAUUCCUUGCCGUUGGAGAUACUACUUGAGAUUUUUUGUUUAGUUGAUGAUUACCAGACAUUGAGAAGUGUGGCAUUGUGUUGUAAAAAGUUUAACCAUAUUGUCAACAAGCACCUAUUGUAUAAUCUGAUUGUUUUCAAAAACCCAAAAAAGUUCUACCAGUUUGCCACUAUACAUCUACUAGCAGAUAUCAGCAACAAAAUCAAUUUCCUCAACACCAUUGAGUUUAUCAACCCACAAAUUAAGGACUCAGAAAACACAAAACUAAAUAUAGCCGGGAGCUAUGCAGUGGAGUCGAAAGUGAGAGCCAUGGACCAGCUCAACUAUACUGAGUUUAUCUUGUCGUUGUCGAACUUGUUUACCCAUGCAUUUGGGUUGCAGUGUGUUAUUUUUAGCGAGAUUUCCCCGUCGUUUGGGUUCCCCAUGGAGUCCAAGUCUGGCAGCAGUAAUAUUUUUAAACGCAAGGCCCCGAAGACAAAGAAUAGACGUUUGGGGAAGUUGGUGAUGAAGACACAAUCAGGGUGGUCUAUACCAUUGAGGAAUACCCAUUUGUCACUUAUUGCAGAGUAUUUUGAUGUGAUUGACGAAUUGUGUUUGGUAAACUUUAUUAUUGAUAAUCCAAUCACGAUCAAGGAUCUACGAAUAAAUAAAAUACACUUUGAAUCGUGUAUCUAUCCGUUUAAGAAGGGACCAAAAAGAGAGAAUCUGAUAUUCACCAAUGUGUCGGAGCUAGAACUAUCCAAAAUUGCCAACAGCACCGAAUUGUCGUUGAUCGAUCUAAUCAAAGUGAAGAACGAGGCAUUGCAUUACUUGACGUUGGAUAUUGGGUCAAACAUUUUCUAUACCAACCAGGAGUUUAAGUUUGGCAAGUAUAAUCCGUUUUUCCAGUUGUUGUGUUCUGGGGUAGGAGGGUACUCGAGGUUGGAUACUUUGAAGUUGACAAAUUUUGAAUUGUUUGACUAUUUGAGACACGAUGAUGUGCACAAGGAUGUUGACUCGUGGAUAGAGCCGCCAACUGAUAAUUUUGAAACGUUUAUGGAGUACACGUCGCAGAUCCCGCACUUGAUUAUUGUGCUACGAAAGUUUCCGCCACGAGUCAAGACAUGUCUCAAAUGUGGGUUCAAGGAGCAGCAGCUGGAUAAAAAUAUAGAGUCGUUGACGUAUGAUGAUUGGAAAAUAUUUCUUAAACCGUUAGAGUUGAACCCGGGGAAUACAUUACAGAUUUUUCGACACGAUUAUAGAUUACUAUACACAAAGUCAAAGUAUUAA